AUGGAUUGCGGCAUGUGGUGUAUGUUCAGCGAACGGCGGCGGCACGUCGAACGUCUUUGGAGACGUCGUCUUCUCGUCACCGCCGACGAGCGCCGCGCACGCCGCCGGUACACUUUUUCUGUCUUUUUCCGUUCUGGAACUUGGAUUCUCCCAUAGAAUGAAAGACUGCGGAAAACGAGCUUAAAAAACCGUCGAUGAAAAAUAAGUCUAGAAGACUUCGGACGUUGGCAACGCGAAUUGGACGCACCCGGACGUGUCGGAGAAUUUCUAGUGACCACUUUAGUAGUGUCAGCACUCUUAAGUGAACCCUAGAACCCUAUAAAUCAGAAACGUCCGGUUUUCGUUACCGAAGUCCGAAAAUGAGCUUCAAAAAUUUUAAAGUAAUGGCAUAACUUCGUACAUGUACUUAUUGCGCUCCAUAAUGGCUCCAAUCAAUUUUUCGGUUUCAACGAAUUUUUAGUCGAUUUUUCAUACUUGAAAAGCGUUAAACGCAAUUUUUGUGACUCGUUGCGGUCGCGGUGCGUCUUUUGGCGGGGAAAAAAUAUUCAAUCCCUAUCAAGAAUUUUGAAAAAUCUGGCUUUGUGAGCUUUUGUGAAAAAAUUAGUUUUCUGUUUCAAAUGAUAAUUGUAAAAGAUAAUAUUUUCAUUGAGAGUUAGUUUUUUAAAGAAAGACGUACAAAAGAACACGGUUUAAAGUUGGAAAAAGAAAAGUAUGUAUGAGAAACUUUUUCGAUAAUUUUUAUCAGAUUUCUUCCACUCUUAUCAAAUUAUUGUUUUGAUUGCUUGUUUACUUGUUAUUUGUCUAAAGAUGAUGAUGGGAAAGUUUGACAAGAUUUCUGAUUUCAAUUCGACGGUCAUUAUCAUUGGAGCGCAAUAAACUGAAAAUUCGACCAACAGCAGAAUUAUCGCGGCUCGUUUUUCGCAGUUUUUUCUGUCACAUGCUCAGAUAUGAUGUGAAAAGACCCAUUUACCGAGUUUCAAAAAGAAACGUCAUGAAACAGAACGAGUAAGUGUUGGUCCUGUGAGGAGAUAUCUUCCACACGGAAAUAUUAAUCGGCCUCCCGGGACCCUCGCAGUCAAGCUCAGAACCUUUUUUGAGUAUGGACGGUGAUAAAUAUUUUAGUGUUGGUCGUCUCAGAAAUGAUGCAAACGACGAAUCUUUUUUUGUCAAGAGAAAAAACGGCUGUUCGUCCUUUUUUCUUUGAACUGUGAACUUCUGUUCGGAAAUCUUUUUUGGCCUGUUUCGAGGACCAUGCACAGAUCUUACAAAGGGUCUCGAGGCGAAAAGCGAUUUUCAGCAUUCUCAUGAAAGACGCGCUUCUUUCAGCCAUAAUUUUUGAACAUGAAUGAAUGUUUAUUUCGCUCACAGACAGAUCUGUGGCGUGGAGGAAGAGAACCAUGAACCAUGAACAUAAUAAAAAAGGAAGAUCAUUUUUAUAUAGUGUCACUGAGCUUCAAUCGAAAAUUGCAAAAAAAUAAAUCAUCUUCAAAUCCUGAAUUAAAAAAAUCUAAUUUUUUUAAAGGAUUUUUUUCAAUUAUUAUUUUUUUCUUCAUCGAGGAAGAAAUUUCCAUGCAGAGUCUUCAAAAACUCAAAUAAAUAUUAUUAGUAAUAGAAUUUCAUUCAAAAAGCUUGAAAAUCUCUUAAAAAACAAAAAAAAAAUCAAGUCGCUUUUACCGUUCCUUUUGAAGCCGUCAAGCUUCUCAGAAAAAAUUGAAAAGAAAAAUGGAUUUUGGAAAAAAAAUUUCGGGCUUAUCUAACUACUAAAAUAUACCUUCUUUAAUACAAAUAAUUUUCAGAUUCCUCCGCCUGAUGCGUGGCUUCGACGCCGAAGACGUCGAAGUGAUACGCAAAGCAGUGGAAACGGGAGGCGUCGAUUCCAAGGUGAGCACGUCGUCACGAACCUCUGAUCUAACCUUAUUUUAUCAUUUAUUCUGUUUUUAACUGUAAUAUAGACUGACAUACCUAUUCUUGCCAUUAAAUAACUCUUCAACAAUCAUUUCUUCACAUUAAUAUUAUGGCCAACGCUUGAAGAAAAAAAGCAAAAGGAAGAAAAAUAUUAGUCAACCGUGAGUUUCCCGGAAAUCACUUCCUUUUAAAAUUAAAUUUAUGAAUUUUUGUAACCUUUUUUUCUCGUCCGUAUGAAUUUUUUUGUCAGGCAAAUUUUUUUAAUUUUUCGAAGAUUAUUCUAAAUUGAUGAUCCCUACUUUUUCAUAACUGUUUUAUUCUCGAAUUUGUUUGAGACUUGCUGUGAAGUAAAUUGGAUUAAUUUUCUCAAUUUCAAAUGUUUACUUUGUUAGCUCCUUUUUUAAGUGAAAUAUUGACUAAAGUCAAGGUCAUUUAAAUGUGAAGUUUGGAGUUUUCUAUAUUAAUUUUUGAACAAUAUCUGAAGGUCUAACUGGAGAUUUCUCAUAGUGACUAACUGCGUUAAUUCAACUUCUUUAAGUCAUUACUUAGCAAAAUUGCGAAAUAUUAGUUUUAGGUUAAUUCUGCGUUAAACGCCGACUUUGAAAGUUCAUAUCAGAAACUAGUUUUGCACUGGAAGCACUACUAAAAGUCCCUUCAGUUAGUCUUUGGGCAAACGAAUAGAAAAUUUCAAGCUUAAUUCUGAAAUUUCCUCCUUUGUUAUUUGUUAUUACGACUCCUACCCAAAAAAAAGUAGAAUCUGAGAAUAUUCAACUUCAGGCUUGCGCACCGGGGCCGCCGAUGGACGAACGUGUGGAAGAAGACCCGCCGGACGAAGAUUCCGGCCUGAUUCCUCAAAUCGACCGGCCGAUGAGCAUGCCCUACCUCUGCUGCAAACUCUGGCGGUGGAAAGACCUCCAGGUCCUUUCUUUCUCUGUUUGUAAUAUACUAUUGAUAUUUUUUUAAGAAUUUUCGGCUGGAAGUAAUUAUUAACCCUUUUCAAUAAUCCAAGUUUUCCUUUUUAUUUAAUUGUCAAUUUUGAGCUGGAUAUAACGUGCGUUACGUAAUACUCACUAUAACAUUUUUUUAGUGCUCUGUUGAGAAAAAGUUUUCAAAAAAAUGGGCUUUUAGAUCUCCCGAUUCCAGGAUAAUUUUUUUUUUUUUGAUUUUCUGAUUUUUGGCUUACAGUCGUGAUGGAAAGAUUGUAUAAAUUGAAAAAAGAGACUUUUUUUUUUACGGUUCUCCGAUUUGCUUUGCCAAUGAUGACGUUCAAGAUACUUCCAUUGACGUUUUCGCGAAGUCUUUUCUUUUAAAUGAUCAAUCAUUAAACAAAUUCUGGCAUGUCUAGAAUUCCAUAGUUCUGAAAAAUUUUGAGGCAUAAAGCCGAUCUUAGUUUUUAUUAAUAAAAAUAUUUAUUUAAACAAAAAAGAAAUCGGGUCAAGGGAAAAUAAUGAGAUAAAAUUGGAUAGAUAGCAAAACUAAAAGGUCAUAAGAUGCCCUAAAUAGCAACAUGACAACGAACUUUUAUUCAAUGUGUUCGAGAUUUCUCCGUCUUGAAAGGGCCCAGCGAGUUUUUUGAAUGAAAUCCAAUUUUUGGUCAAUCGAAAUCUCGGAUUCCAGGUCGACGCAGCGUUACAUCGGUUAGAAGCCUUGCCCUGGUGUCGGUUCGGUCGCGUAACCAUCAACAACGCUACAGGUAUACUUUUCCUCUCAAGUUUUAAUUUUCUGAUUAAAAUCACUUUUUUACCUAUAGCUCUAUCUCAUAAAUCUUCGAUUUAAUUUUUUUUUUUCUUUUCCAAUAGGAAUCGACCCUGGUCUAGUAUUCUUAUUCGGUUUUUAACAUGAAAUCCUCAUUUUUUUUCAUUUUCUCUUUUUUCAUUUUGUCGUUUCCGCGAUCGAAUGUUUUUUUGCUGCCUCUUUUCUUUCUGUGAAAAAUUCGUUUAUUUUUUUACUUUUUAAGGUUAAUUUUUCCGUUUUUUUUUUUGCGAAGCUCAAUCUUCUUCCGAUUCAAGAUCUAAUUUCAAACGAUCCAAAAUAGAAAAGUCUACGAAAAAUGCUUUACUAUUUUUUUCUGAAAAAAAUAUCGCUUUCCUUUGUUCUUCCCAUAUUCAACCAUCCUACUAAGAAUGGAAAAAUUCGCUUUUGUAAAUAUAAUCUGAAAUUUUUCCAACAGAAUUUCCUUUUUUUGUUUCUGGUGUUAUUCUCAUCGAAAUAUAUCCAUUUAGCUUUAUAAAAACAAAAAGUGGAUUUCCAAUAUUUUUGAAUUGCGGCAAAUCCAAAAAAAAAAUUUAACAUUUUCGUCAAAAGAAACCUCAUUCUCGACCAAAUUAGAUGGUUUUACAGUUUCCUGCUGCAACCCAUAUCACUACGCCCUGUGGAUCCGGCCAGAGACCCACGGAGACGACGAUUCGGCCGACCGGAUCUCCCUUCACGCCGUCCAUUCCAAUCACAGACCUUCGGUCAUCGGCAACGGCCAUAUCACCUACCGUAAUCGAGAUGGUGAGUUUUUAUUUCCAUACUUUUUUCCGUUUUUUUCUUGGUCAAGUCGCGAAAAACUCAUUUCUCCAACAGUUUUGAUUGAAACGACGUAUAUUUUUUAGAUUUCAUUUUCCAACGGAUUUUCAGAUUUUUUUCAUCAAUUUCGAAAGUUUUUUGUGAGCAAAUAUCAUCAAAGAAAAAAACUUUGCUCAGUUUUUCCGAGAUUUCUAGGAGUUUGGUCAGGACUUUUUUUAAAUUUUUGCUGGUCUUUAACAAUUUAUGAUCGGUUUCUUUUUGAUUGAGAGCCCAUAAUCUGACCACUGGCGCUUCAGAAAAUAGGACAUUGUCGAAGUUAAAUAGAAAAAUGUUCUAGCUCGGAGUUUGGUACCGAAAACCGGACGCGCCCCGGACGUUUCUGACAAAUUCUAGGGGUCACUUAAGAGUACUGACUUUACUAAAGCGGCCACUAGGAAUACUCAGAUAUGUCCCAGGCGCGUUCGACUGCUUUCUCUGCUACUGAUCCCAAUUUCAUGCCGUGUUCAAUUUGAUGACGCGAAAUGCAAAAUACCCGUUAGAGAAAGGAAAAGAUCACUAAAUUUUGGAGAGUCAGAGAUCAUUUUGCAUUUCGCGGAAUCAAAUUGAACACGGCAUUAAGAGCUAUACUUUCGAUUUGCUUCAUUUGAUAUUUUUGUACAACUUUUCAUUAUUAUGGACAGUUGUUUUUUUUUUCCUUGGAGUUGAACCUGAAUAAAACUUAUGUUUCAGUAGCGCACGAGCAGCAGGAAAUGGCAAAACGGUUGCCAAAACUUUUGCCUUCGGACGUACCAGAUCGACCACCGCCGUCAGUCCCUUCAAGUACUCCGCCGGUGCCGGAAGACUCGCCGCCGAGCACUUCUCGCAGCUCUCCGGAGCCUGACCUCAUCCAUCUCCACGGCCAUCACCACUGUAAGUUCGCAUCGUGAUGAUUAUAGCCCAUUCCGCGGAAACUUGUGCCUAAAUCUUAAGUUUUCCGUUAUAUUAAAGGCGCAUUCACAGAGGCAUGCUGUCUGCUAAUUUUUGCUUCCAAUUUCUAAAAUUUGUCGAAAAAGUAUGUUGACUGCAGAUUCUCGAAGCCGAUUUGCGGUGAUGUAAAAAAAAUUCAAGCAGUUGAUUGCCGUUCAUUCCAAGCGAACGAGAGAAAAAAGGGAAACUCUGGUCGAAAUUUCUGGAAACUUGAUACAGAACUUGAAAAACGACCCUCUAGACAAGCUUUAAAAAAUAGUUCCCGUGUUCGUUUUGAAAUACAAUAAGUCGUUUUUUGUCUAGUAUUUUCAAUGAUCAGGUCUUCGAGAAUUUCGGCUGCUGUAUCAAUAUUGAAGGGGACGAAAAAGCGUUGAUGAAGAUGUUUGAAGGAUUACUCUAUGAUUGAUCAAUAUUUGAUAAAAAAUAUAAUCAUAAACGCAUAGUCAUCUCCCCGAGACUUUGUAGUUUGCUAAAAUUGCGAAAAAAGAAAGCUAAAAAAGAAAAAAUUACAUGUCUAGAUUUUAAAUCUUCUAGAAUAAAUGUAAAAAUAAAAAAGACAUUGUGAGCUUGCGAAGUAAGAGUAAAACCUAAUGGAAAUUGUUACUUUUUGAGAAUAAAUUUUAUAAAUCAUUCUAGGCGUUUGCGAAAUAAGAAGAGAGUCGGGCUUGUGUAUAAACUCGAAGAUGCAAAAAAUAGGAACCAAACUUUCUUUGCAGCCUGGGGACGGUUAACACGUUGGGAGAGGAAAGAACAAGUUGGCGAGUCCGUCCUGUUGCAAGGCCCCUUUGCAGCCGUCGGCGUCUUGACCCAGUCAGGUUGGAAAUGAAUCGAAGAUUCGGAAUCAGAAAAAAGAAUUGUUGCAGUACAUGACGCUCAGCCCGUUUGUAGUGACUGGGAUUUGCGGAACGAGGUCUCCUUUUCCUUAAUUCGCCAGUCGGACCCCAUCGGCUCCGACAAUCCCGAAGACGUUUGGUUGUACAACAGGUUUCUUUUCUUUUCUCCGAAUAUCUGUUUUUUAUUUGGUAAGGAGCAGGUUUUUUCUUUGAUAAUCUUCUAAUCUGUUAUAAAAGUCUCAAAGAAUUUUUCUUUUAAAAUUGAAGUUUUUCCUUUUUUUUCAUGCUUCUUACUGACUUCGAAAAACUUUAUUAUACGUAUGAUAGAACGUAUUUUUUUUCCAGCUAGAAUCGACUCUCUUUUAUUCUUGUUCAAUUUUCCUUUCAAUUUUAAAAAUCCAUUCUUUUCUUGGAAUCUCCGAGGCUUUAAAACGAAACAGUUAGCUUUCUCAAAAAUAACGGACAAAAUAAUUCAGAUUUCAACGAAUAAUUUCAAGUUCCUACUGGUCCAAUUCAUUAUCGAAAGCGUUGUGAGAUCUCGUUUUCUCAUCCAAAAUUUUAGUUCUAUCUGCAAAAUAAACGGUUAUUCGAGCGGUUUUCCUAAAAUCUCGCUCAUAUAAGUCCAUAUUGGUAUAUCUCAAGUUCAAAAAACCUCAAUUCCCCUGAUCUUUCAGCGGAACGAGACCCUUGUUUCUGUCGCUGUCGCCGUCGACGUCAUCGACAAAAGACACUUUGCGACGGCUGUCCCCUGGCUACUGUAUACGAGUGUAUCGAGGCGAGGCGACGGCAUCGGCUCCCGUCAGCGAACGCGCCUACCGCAGACACAGUCGCGUACGUCCUCACGCCUUUUUCUACAGUACCCCGUGUCGUUUCAGGACCCGGCGCUGCUGCAGAACAACCUCGUGAUAUCCGUCGGCAAAGGCUGGGGACCGAACUACUCCCGGAUGUACCUCACCGAUAUUCCUUGUCGCUACGAGAUUUCCUUUGCACCUUGA